AUGAAAGAACCUGUAUAUUCAAUGGAAUUAGGAGAAUUACCAGGUAAUUAUAAAAAAUUCAUUUAAAGGAACUAGACCAAGAGUAUUAAAAAAGGAAAGAAAUGUAGGAGCUGAUAAAUUUAUAUAAGCUUAUCUUAGUAAUGAAAGUAUUUAAUAUAAAUGAUAAAAAGAAUUGAAAACAACUUCUAAUGAUAUAAGAAUGAGAAAUCCAUUAUUUUCUGACUUCUAAUAUGCCUAAUAACAAUAGUUUGGGAAUGGAUUAUAAUAAUAAUUUAAGAGUUCACCAUAAUUGUUACAAUCUAAAUCAGUAAAUCCAGAAAAAAUGAGACAUUUUUAGCAUAAUGAAAAUAAAGUAGAGGAUUCUAUCGAUCAAUUUAAAAAAUCAAGUGUUUAAUAAUAAUAACAAUAACUAAAUUAAAAAAUCCAAAAAUCAGAAUUAGAUCUAAAUUUUUAAUAAGAUUAAGUUUAACCAAGUUCUAAACAUAAUUCUAGAAAAUCUUAAAAUUAUGAAACUCAUUCUAGUAGAGCUGAUGCAAAUGAAUAUUAUUAGAAACUGCAAAAUAAUGUAAAUUAAUAAUCUUAGUUAAUUAACAACUUGAAUACUUAAAGAGAAUAAUAAAGAAAGUAUGUUAAAAUAUAUUUAGAUUAUAUGUACGAAAUAAUGUACUUGGUAGUAAAGAAUAUUAUAUGCCUUAAUAUGAUAUGGAUGUUAAAUUUAGUAAUACAUUAUUGUUAUUAUAGGCUUAUAUGACAGACCAAAAUUUAAAGAUUAUACAUAUUCAGAUGCAUCAUAUAAAUAAGUUGUCGAAUUAAAAAAUAGAUACUAAUUAAACGAGAUGAUGAAUCAUGAAUUUGUGACAAGUUAGAUUAUCCUAAUUGCUUAGCUAGUAAAGACUAUGGAUAUGGAUUGAAGGGUUAUACAAAAGUUCCUAUCUAUCCUUCUUCAAAGCCCUAAAAUAUUGAUAAAGAAUGAAAA